UGGUGCACACUUCCUUCAAACACGUGUUUCACUGGGACAAUAGUGAGUGGUGCACACUUCCUUCGCCCGGCCACAGAAGACAAAAAAGAGUUGCUGGUGUAACAAUAGGAAGAAUAUAUUCCACUCCUCUCUUGUACACGCGGCUUAUGAGAUGAACGCUCGUCAAGAAGAACGUCCCCUUCAGCAGCAGGAGGAUCCACAGCCCCCCCACAUUAAAGAGGAAGAGGAGGAAGUGUGGAUGAGUCAGGGGGGAGAGUGUCCUGUAGGGCAGGAGGAGGCUGAUGUCAGCAAGUUUCCACUGACUGUUGUCUCUGUGAAGACUGAAGAGCAUGAAGACAAACCACCUGAGUCCUCACAGCUUCAUCACAGUCCAAGUUUCGGUGACAAAAUUGUGGUUCAAACGUCGCUUCUUACCGGAGAAAAGCUGAGCUUGUGCCAUCCAUAAAGCUGCCGUCGACUCCCCUGAGACACUGACGUCAAGACACCCGUGGACACACACCUCCGACUAUCAGACGUCUGUGGAGAACAACGUCUGCCUGAAAAAAAGGAGAGUAGCUUCAGGAUGGUGAAGGAGGAUCCUUCAAAGAGGAAGACCAGGCGCCACGGACCCUCUGGCGUCUCCUUUUCCUCUUUGACACAGACCCUUCCCUGUAAAAAGGAAGAGGAAGACUCACUGACGCCCCACAUUAAAGAGGAAGAGGAGGAACACAGCAUCACUCAAGAGGGAGAUCAUCUUGAAGGACUGGAGGAGUUCCCAGUGACUGGUGUCCCUGUGAAGAGUGAAGAUGAUGAGGUGAAAGGUGAAAGUGAGGAGAGGGGAGGGGGGGAGCCUCCAAGCAGCAGCUCAACACAACACAUGACAACAGAAGCUGAUGGAGACCACUGUGGAGGAUCACAAGCAGACAAGCUCUUAGCUCCACUAUCAGAUAGUGAGGACACAACGUCACACUCUCCUGACACUGAUGAUGAAGGCUCUAAAGAUGAUAAGACAUGUCACACUGAAAACACACACUUCACAUGUUCUCACUGUCACAAAACAUUUAAAAACCAUAGUCAUCUGAAAAGACACAUGAGAACACACACUGGAGAAAAACCUUUUAUCUGUUCAGUCCGUGGUAAACGUUUUGUUCGAAGUCACAAUGUGAAAGUGCACAGGAGAACACACACUGGUGAAAAACCUUUUAUCUGUUCAGUCUGUGGUAAAGGUUUUACACAAAGUCAGAGUUUGAAAAGACACAUGAGAACACACACUGGAGAAAAAACGUUUUCUUGUUCAAUCUGUGGUAAAGGUUUUAUACAAAGUCAAUAUUUGAAGGUGCACAUGAGAACGCACACUGGAGAAAAACCUUUUCCCUGUUCAACCUGUGGUAAAGGUUUUACACAAAAUCAAUAUUUGAAAGUACACAUGAGAACACACACUGGUGAAAAACCUUUUUCCUGUUCAAUCUGUAGUAAAGGUUUUGUACAAAGUAACAGUUUGAAAGUACACACUAGAACACACACUGGUGAAAAAUCACAUUCUUGUUCAAUCUGCAACAGAAGCUUUUGUGACCGAUCAAACCUUUUAGCACACAUGAGAAGACACCCAGGAGAGAAAGUGUUGAGUUGCAGUGUGUGUGGUGAAAGAUUGUCUUCUAAGUACCAGUGUAAGAAACACAAGUGUGCUGGUGAGAACAGCAGCAGCAAAUGAAACUGCAGGAUUUGAAAUAAACUGUCAAGACUUUCAUUUUGACUUUCUAACAACUUUAUGAUUCAUUUGUUGGGUCUCUAUAAUCUAUUUUAUUCAUUAUCGUUAUUACUCUGUAUUAUAAUGAUUGUGUUGUGAUUGUUUUAUAUGUAUGUCCCCAGACCUUUAUGCAAUAUACAAGUGAGAGAAAAUAGCAGAUUUUUUUUUUGUUUUUGUGAAAGGAUUUUGUUUUUACAAACUUACAUUUGUGGAUACAUCAAAUAAAUCCAGUAUUCUGUUCUAAACAUUUUUUCUGUAUUUUUUUCUUUUUUCAACAUCCCCAAAACAACAUCAAUAUCAGUCAAAGUUUGGAGUGUCAGACAAAAGCCAAUAUUGUACAUCAUCCCACAGAGAUUUACUUUGCAUACAUUCUUAAAAUAAACUGUUUAUUGUGUUUCCCAAUCACAGAACCA